GACGACUAUUUGCUCUUUGUUACCAACUCGUUCCGCACCAACUUCUCCGGAACAAACGGACAGUAAGAAUGAACCGAAUCGUUGCGUUCAAUGCCUCUUAAUCGAAAAUGUGAAGUGUCUAUUGUGCUUAAAAGCGAUACUUUCAGUAAGUGUUUUUCGCCGAGAAAUAGGAAAAUUACUUUUUGACUGAAAUGUUUGGGAUUUAACGUACAGAUUAAUUCAGAUUUCAGAUGUAAAUGAAUUAAGCAGUAUAAAGUAAAGCACAAUAUUUACAUCGAACAAGAUGGUAAUAAUCAUCGGUCGAAUAUGUGUGAGCACGGGUGUGGCGGUGCUUGCGGUGGCAGGCGGCGCGUCGGCGCGGGUCGCUGGCAAAAUGGGCGGCUAUUCCAACAAGAUGGGAGGGAAAUCGACGAGCGGCAUCAACGAAGAAAUAAUCUGGAUAAGCAUAAGUAUGGCAAUAGCGAUAGCUGUGCUGAUAGCGAUCGCGUUGUGCUACAUCCUGAAGGAGAAGUGUACCAAGCGGCAGUCGUACCGGGAGCAAUCAUGACGAUACAAGCAGGAGUUCGCGAAGCACGCCCUCGCGGACUCCCUCUCGGAAUUCGAGUUCCCCUCCUACACUCUCUACCCGCAGUAUUCCCCUGACGGCACCGAAUAUUUCUACAACUUCCAUCGCUUUUCAUACUUAAAAGACAGUUUUAAACUACCCCCAAAGGACUAUCCGAAAGAAUACCCUAUAAAUUCAAUACAAAUUAAUGACGAUAUUUACAUAAAUGCGUGAUUAAGACGUGUGUGUUGCGUGAGAGCGAUGUUCAUUAUGACGAAUUUACGCGACGCUGGUGUCGUACUGUACCAAAAACUAAUGAUAAAUAACUAUAUGUUAGACAUAUAAUCUAAUUUAUUAUUAUAGAAUACGUCUGUAAAAUGUAUUAUAUUAAUCGGAAUUGA